AUGCCCAAGAGACAUUCAUCCUCCAAACGCCGCCCGGGUGGGGCUUCAACGAAUGAGGACGGAUGGCCCGACUACGCAUGUCAGAUCCUCUUCGAGGACGGUACCUUCUGUGACGAAGAUGCGAUUCACGGGGCGUCCUUUUGCAGCGAUCAUCUGAAGAGCGUUUUGCAUUUGCGCGCAGAUGGCAAAUCCCCCGACUCCAUGCGUCUCUACGCCGCCGCUACCGAGAGCGACAAGGACACGAAACGGGUCUUCAAGAAGGGUGAGUACAUUUUGACCGCCGAUGGUGCGGCCCUGAUGCAGAGACUUGGUCACUCGUUCGAUUGCCCUUACCGGGGCGAAUGGACUUACACCCACGACCAUGACAACUUCUCUGUCGAUUUCUUGCCCAGGCUCACCGACAGCACCAGCAAGGCCAAUGCCGAGUACACCGUGUCAUCUUACUCGACCGCGUGCAUCCUCUACGCCACAAAGGACAUUGCCGAUGGAGAGGAGAUCUGCGUCGUCCGUCCCUCGAUCGUCACGGAUCACGUCAGCGGCGGGAAUCGGCUCUCUGUCUCCAAGCUCACCAAAAAGACCAGUGCCGCCGCGAGCUCGGGUGGUGCCAUCUCUGACAACAGCAACCACCGGCUCCGCCGAGUCGUCGAGGGCACCAAGGAUUACGACACCGUGAUGAAGGUCGCCGAGAAGGCCUUUGACAAGCUGACCAGCAAAAUGAAGGUGGUUCUGUUUGCACAUGUGCAUGACUUUGAGGCCGACGAGGCUCGCCAGUGGCUGCAUCACAAUGAGAUCCCGUAUAGGGUGGUGAACCUGGAGCAUGACCCGUUGCACAUGGAGCAGGCUCUGCAGGUGAUGUUUGACGAUAUCGACCCCCCUUUGAUCGUCAUCAACGGCGAUGCCUAUCCUCUCACCAGUGACUGGAAGGAAGACGAUUACAUUGUCAAGAAGGCGCGAUCGACGACCCGCAUCCGCGCUCGUGAGGCCGCCGGAAUCAAGGACGACAGCGAGUCCAGUGAAUGA